UCAUCUCAUCUUUUAAAAUUAUUUGCCACCUCUUACGUAAAUCAUGGCAAUUAGAUUCAUAGGAAUGACGUUGUUUUUAGCUCUAAGUUUACUUCUUCUAGAAACCAUUGUAGUCCUCGGAGAUAUAGGCACAGCCACGUCUUACAAUCCCCCCUACACACCUACAAGAUGCAAUGGUAAUCGACAAGACCAAUUUCCUGCCGGAAACCUGUUCGUGUCCGUGAGUGAAGGCCUGUGGGAUAACGGUGCCGCUUGCGGCCGGCGUUAUAGGCUGAGUUGUUUGAGUGGUAACAACAGACCGUGCAAGGGAGAUACUAUUGACGUUAAGGUGGUGGAUUUUUGUGCCAAGAGGCCUUGCCCAUCAACUAUUGUAUUAUCUAAAGAUGCCUUUGCACAAAUCUCACAUUCUCCUCACGCCAAAAUCAACAUUGAAUAUAUCCAGAUAUAAGAAGCUGAGAGAACAAAUAUGUUGGAGUAUACGUGUCACUAAAUUAUAUACUCAUGGCCGAGCUAGUAACAUUACAUUCUCUUUCAAAAUUUACUUCUUUAAUAUUGAUCACCUAGCAUUGUUUGAUUAAAUAUUUGUAUAUACAUUUUUAAUUCUUAAGUGAAUUUAUUUUUUAACUCAUGGUGAGAUA